AUGGAUAAAUUUAAAACAUGGAUGAUGGAUUUCGAUAUUUACCCAAGUGAGAUGGAUGUUCUCAUUGAAGGUGGAUUUUCAUCUUAUAUUGCGAUCAGUUGUAUCAGUGAUGAGAUGGUCGGAAAGUUAUAUACCAGUAAGGACACUGUUCAGAAAAUAAGAAUGGCUAUUUAUCAACUUAAAAAAGAUAUGGAUAAAUAUUCUGGAACUACUACUAGUAGUCCAUCAUCACCUGCAGGAUCCUCUGCUAGUACUCCGGUUGUUCCAACCGCCAAACCUAAAGCAAAAGCUGCCGCCAAAGCUGCUGCGAAAACUGCUGCCGCCACCAAAGAGACUGAGGUCCUUAGAGUUGAAAAAACCAAAGCACCAGAGGCAACCAAAAAAUCGAAAUCAAAAACAACAACAGCAACAACAACAACACCACCUGCAUCUACUACUACAUCGCCUAGCUCUGCUGCUAAAGCAUCGAAUUCCUUAACAACAAGCAGUGCACCAAGUCCAACAUUGAGUUCCAAACAAGAUUCUGAUUUCAAGUCUAGCUUAACCAAAACAUCUAUGGGUAAAAGAUGUAAAGAUUGUCAUGAUAUUGCACAAGCUGGUCAUAAAGAUAUUUGUGAAAAACAAUGUUCUGGUUUCGAUGUGUGCCAAUAUAUUAAAGGGCACCCUGAGAUCACAGAUGAAAAAAAGAAAGUCGCUCAACAAUUGUCCGAUGUCAAGAAGGCUGCCAAACAAAAAGAAAAAGAGUUGUUAGAAGAAAAAAAGAACUUUUUAGAAAAUGUAUUACCAGCUGAACAAUUACCUACAAAACCAAUUGAAUGGGUAAAUAUGAAAGCGAAAGAAAAAAUCGAUAUGGCAAAGAAACUUGGUAUUGUAAUUGAUGAUACCACUCAGAGAAAAGCAAAGGAAGCUGCCAAAGCAGAAUGGGUUGAAUUAAGAGAUAUUAAGAAAGCAACAGAUCUAGUAAGAAAAGAAAUUAAAAAGUCUUAUACUGUACAAGUAAUCAAAGAUAUAACUGUUGAUGAACUUAAAAAUGCUGUAAAUUCUUUAAUUGCUAAAAGAGUUCAAGAGUAUAAAGAUGCCAAACAAAGUGGUGUUUUCGCAAGUGACACUGAUGAAGUUGAUUCAAUGUUAUUAGAUUAG